CACCACUUGGUGGCGGUAAGGAGCCACGUUGUUGUUUGCCUACCGCCAUUAAAAAGGAAGAAGUGAGGGGGCAGUCCAUGACGAACGGCACGGCGUUGUGACGUCAGCGUGCGCUGUGGUGUGGUGUUGGAGGCAGCGUCUCAGAACUACUCCAACUGUAGGUAAAUACGAGCCCUUAAUGCGCGUGCAGGUCCCCCGCCUUGUCGGUAGUCCAGAUGUCUGUCCGGGUCAGCUGUCUGUCGUUCCGCCAGCCGUACGCCGGUCUGGUUCUGGACGGGGUGAAGACCGUCGAGAGCCGCUGGCGGCCCGUUCUGCCCGCCGUGGAGGAGCGGACCCUGGCGGUCCACAUCGCGCAGAGGGACUGGGAGGGAGAGGACUGGAGGGAGGUGCUGUCCGGGGCGCUGCACAUGGACCCGUUCCAGAUCCGAACGCUCCUGGAGUCCGGCGAGCGGUACGGCCGCGGCGUAGUGGCGGGCCUGGUUGAGGUGGGCGAGACCUGGUGUUGUUCGGCCUCUCUGCCAGACGAGGACCUGCGUGACUUGGAGAGACGGGCUCUUCUGGUUGGUCUACAGGACAAGUUUCUGACCCGCUUGUCCAACCCGCGCUGGUUAACGACGCCACUCUUCACCAAGGGACACAAAGACAUCUGGACUGUAGACAUCCCAAUAUCUUUUCUGCCCCCCGACACGUACGUACACACAUAUCCAGGACUCGGACCGGCGCCAGGAACUGGACAGUGACUUUGUGAACUGUCACAGUUCCUGGGUUGAUAUGUUUGGUUUCAGUUUUCUCAGCAGUCUUUAUGUUUUAACAAGACUGCGCCCAGCUUCAGGUCUGAUCUUUUCCACACACAGCAGUGUGCCACCGGUGGGUGGGUGGGGUGCAGGGUAGCUCGUACCUGGCGGGGAAGGACGAGGGCGAGGGCCUGCUGCAUGGCCAGUAACUACUACAUGCGAGGCAGGAACUGUCCUACAGUGUGUGUGGGAAGGUACUUCAGUGAAGCCAUUCUGGGUCGAAGUGGUGGAGGUCCUGAGCAGCGGGUCUGGCUCUGUAGCCCCCCUGACUCCUGCUUUAUGUCCACUAGGGGACAGCACUCAAACGCCAAACAUAUCCAAAGGUGUCAUGAUGGGUUUGGUCACAGCUUCCAGAAUCACCUGGACACAUGGAAAACAGCUACGUCUCCAGAUCCCAAAGACUGGCUAACUGCAGGGAUUGAGACUGCGUCCUACGAGUCGAUGCUCAGCAGGUUAAAAGGCAACAUGGAAGAUGGGCCUACCCCCCGGGAUCUUUUUUGGACUCAUAAAGCCUGAUGGGGGUCUUGCUUAGAUCUGAAGUACAACCAAGAGCCCUGAGUGACUGUGGCACGCUGCCUCUGCUCCUCACUACACACCGAGUUCCUUACUUCCAUGUGCACACUUGUUUUUACUUGUUCUGUAUUUUACUCCUCUUUUCAUGCCAUGUCUAAUGACGUCCGGGCCCUGAAGGGGCAGCGUUUGUUGGAGCAGUGAACCGCCAGUCUUCCUGUUUCUGUUCUUUCUGAAAAGUUCAAUAAAAAUUUUAA